AUGCCUUCAGACAAAAACUCCUCGGUUGAGAAAGACACCGGCCCCAAAAGACAUGCUGCUUGCGACGAGUGCCGUAACCGCAAAUUGAAAUGCUCAGGCGAUCAAGCCGGCUGUCGGCGAUGCAUGACCCAGGGUCUUCACUGUCACUACUCUAUACAAAAACCAAUGGGCCGACCACGAAAGAAACAAAAACUGGACGGCGAUAACAACUAUAACCCCGAUGGAACAGAACGAAAUCUGGGCGCCAUAUCGGAAAUAGAGAGGGAAUGGGUUUCAGCGGAUUUGGGUCCUGAUAUUCAUGUCCUAUGUCCACAGGUAUAUCUCAGUCGUUACGGUGGUCUCGUUCCUGCAAAAGACCAGUCUUUCCCCAGCCCUUCUUCUACGCUACCACAACCACCACAACCCCUAGAACCUAUUGCUGCAACGUUAGAUCCAUGGCCUGAUUUCUCCAUUACGUCAGCUGCAGGAUCAAUGCUUUCGAAUGUGCCAUCAUCUACUGCAAUGGGCGAUGAUGCGCCCACUUGUCCAUGUCUAUCAUACCUCUACCUCUGCUUGAGUACAUUAUCAAGUCUCAAUUCAUUCUCCGUUACCCGCGAAACCACCACCUCUCUCUACACAGCAGCCAGAACCGCGCAGUCCGUCAUUCGUUGCGAGAUAUGUCCGUUGAGGUUUGCAACCGGCAUGCAAAACGUGAUGAUGCUAGGGACCCUCCUGAGCGUAAUGGCAGACGCUUGGUACAGGAUCUCACUCGUCGACGCCGGCAGUCUAGGGAGCGAACUCGCAUCUCCAGAAUUCAAGCAACUCGUCAUCAACAAUAAAAGCCCCCACGUUGAUGAAUUCACAUGGGACCACUGGCUACGACGAUUUCUGUGUCGCGCAAUUAUAGGCACACCCAUUUCUCCGCAACUAUGUCCACCCUCAGCGGUAUGCAAUAUAACGCCGGAUCUGUAUUCACUCGUUCGGGAGCUGGAGGAUCGGCAACGGUAUUGGCAUUCAAUUCGAGUCGCGCAUCCGACAGAGCCAUUCGACACAACAAGAGCUGAUUUUGUCUCCUUGCCUACACCUCCGUUAUCAACGGGAUGCACGUCAGAAAAAGAGUGCAAUGCAGAUACCAACUCGACUUCUUGCUCAACAAUGUCGACGCCACUUGAUCCAGCGGAAGCGCAACAGAAUGCCCAGGAACGUGAUUUUUUGUGUCUCAAGAUUGUUGGUGCGGCGAAACAGCUUAUUAAGAAGUUUAAGUUUCAACCUGAGGAAUAUACAGAGGGCGUCCCGCCGAUUCCGUUAACAGAUUGA